CUCACCAUGUUAAAACUGGAACCUGUGAGGUGGUGGCGCUCCAUAGAUGUUGUAAUAAGAACAAGAUAGAAGAAAGGUCACAGACGGUCAAGUGUUCAUGCUUCCCAGGGCAGGUGGCAGGCACCACUCGAGCUGCUCCUUCUUGUGUUGAUGCUUCAAUAGUGGAGCAGAAAUGGUGGUGUCACAUGCAGCCAUGUCUUGAAGGAGAGGAAUGUAAAGUUCUUCCAGAUCGGAAAGGGUGGAGUUGUUCCUCGGGAAAUAAAGUGAAGACGACGAGGGCAAACGUGUAAAACUCUUCAAGUUCCGAAUGGAGAAGUAGAAAGAGGAGGUUUCUGCUGUGCCUGAUGACAAUUUUUGAUUAUUCCACACACAAAAUAACACUCUGGCUCCACGUUAUAGCACUAGUUGUGAUGAAUCCUAGUGUUGGUCGGAUUCUAAGGAAGGGCCAGAAGUUUCGUUGAGUCAAAACCACUCCAGAAAUGUGCUCCUGUCCUGGUUUAUUUCUCACAAAGCA